GCAGUCCACUCGGUGAGGUAGGGUUCAGACUCAGGGGGUGACAACCCAAGGGCACCCUUGUGUUGGGCUUCAGCUGAGCCAACCACUCUCUGUGCUCUGUCCCCCUCAUCAAAGAAGAGAAAGAAGAGCCUUGAGGGUCAGCCACAGCCUUGUCAGGUAGAAGAAAUGUCAACAAUUAGGAGUUUUGAGGGAUUCCACCCUGUGUCUCUGAAGCAAGAGGGAGAUGACCAACCCUCUGAGACUGACCAGCUGUCCAUGGAGGAGAGGGACCCAGGCAAGGACCCUGAGUCAAGACAGAUUUCAAGGCAGCCAAGUGUGACUGAAUCAACACUCUACCCCAAUCCUUAUCACCGACCUUUUGUCUCACGGAAGUACUUUGCUACACGGCCAGGGGCCAUUGAGACUGCCAUGGAAGACUUGAAAGGGCACAUAGCCGAGACUUCUGGAGAGAAAAUUCAAGGCUUCUGGCUCUUGACAGAGAUAGACCACUGGAACAAUGAGAAGGAGAGGAUUUUGCUGGUCACAGACAAGACUCUCUUGAUCUGUAAAUAUGACUUUAUCAUGCUCAGCUGUGUGCAGUUGCAGCGGAUUCCCCUGAGCUCCGUCUACAGAAUCUGCCUGGGCAAGUUUGUCUUCCCUGGAAUGUCACUGGACAAGAGACAAGGAGAAGGUCUUAGGAUCUACUGGGGGAGUCUGGAACAGCAGUCCCUCUUUUCCCGCUGGAACCCAUGGUCCACUGAGGUGCCUUAUGCGACCUUCACUGAGCACCCUAUGAAGUAUUCCAAUGAGAAGUUCCUCGAAAUUUGUGAGUUGUCUGGGUUCACGUCUAAGCUUGUUCCAGCUAUCCAGAAUGCCCACAAGAAUUCCACUGGAUCUGAAAGAGGAAACGGACUGAUGGUGCUAACUGAACCCAUUUUGAUUGAAACCUACAUGGGGCUGAUGUCAUUCAUUGGAAACCGCAACAAACUUGGCUAUUCCCUUGCCCGUGGGAGUAUUGGUUUUUGAGAUGUUCUUUGUGUUUAAGUAUGUCAUCCACUGAUACAUAUUUAUCAAAGAUUCUGUUUCAGGCCACCAUAGUUUUGGAUUGAAACAAUUCAUUACUUCCUAAUACUAUAACAUGAUUUUGAAUACUUAGUGUCUCAGGAAAUCUAAAAGCUUGACUAGACUGAUAUGUGUACACUUCAGACCUCGUGUAAGUAUGACCAAAUUUCCUAAAACCAGAAAAUACAUUCUCUUAAGCUCAUCAAAUAAUGUUAUCAAUGAAUGCCUGAUCAUAAACUGAGGGUAGACUCUGGGUUCUUAUUCUUCUGUCCUCUAAAUGUAGGCAUUUUCUGGAUCUUAAUCUUGAGUGCUUUGAUUCUGACCUCCUCUUUCAUUGGGGUCUGACUAUAUCAUUUUAGCUACUCUUUUUGUGAGGAUGAAUUACAAGUCCAUAUUUAUAUCCCUGAUAUUGCUUCAAGAUUCAGUUUUGUAUUUUUUUCUGCUGAUCAUAUAUAUCAGUGUUCAAACAGCCACUCACAUUCAACAUCUUCAAAAUCCUAGAGUUCUCUGUGGCAUUUUUAUGGUUCCAGUCAUCAUCCCUGAAAGCCAUCAGUUUUGAUAUAUCUAAAUUCCUUGCUAAAUAAUUUCAUAUAGUAUCUUUCUUUGUCUGCUUGGACAGUUAUUACAAAAUUCCACAGACUGGGUGACUUAUAAACAACGGAAAUAUAUUUUUUGGGGGGCUGGAAUUCAGAACAGGCUGCCAUCAUAGGCAGGUGAGGGCCCUCUUUCCAGGUGACAGACUUCUUGUCAUAUCCUCACAUAGUAAGGGACAAGAGGGUUCUCUUGUGCUUCUUUUAUUAAUCUUAUUCAUGAGGGCUCUGCUUUCAUGACGGAAUCACCUCCCAGAGGCCACUUCUUAAUACCAUCACAUUGGGUUUUAGGAUUUCAGCAUAUGAAUUUUGGGGUGACACAAACAGUCAGACCAUAACAAUACCAAAUUUAUGUAUGGCUUAGCAUUGUACCCCAAUGCCCAGAUAUCAAACUUAAAGUUCAUUCUUCUUUCAACCUUGUUCAUGAACUCUUUUGCCUUUCCAUUUUCAUAGGUGUGUAUUAUUAGAUCAAGUCUCUAAUUCUGUUCCCCUGGAUAAUUUUGCCAUUGCCUUUUACUUGGGAUCUUUGAUCUGAGGCUGACUCUGUUCUAAUCCAGGCUGCAUUUGGUUGCCAGAUUUCUAAAGCACAAUUUGACCCUAUCACUCCCUGCUUAAGAACUUUUAAUGGUUCAUUUCUUCUGCAAUUUUUUGUUCAAACAUUUAUUGCAUUUUAUUUUACAAUAGCAGACACUUCUUCUAUUGGAAUAUGUUUUAGACUCUUAAUGUGUAGAACAGAUAGAAGUAAGGCCACUAAGAUUGAAGUGGACAUGGGAAUGCCUCGGAUUCCUCUUUUUAUGGGUCUCAGAGGUGCCCCCUGUGGAAUGUUGAUGGGUCCCAGAAGGUUUUGAAGAGCAUGUUUUCAAAAAUACUGUCCUAUCUUAUUCUGUUUCCUUUGCUCUUUUCUCUCAUAUUUUCUCUCUUCCUUUCCCUGAUGAACAACUCAGGAGAUUAUCUCAUCUGUUCUCAUCUCUUUGAGUUUUUCUUUUUUCAAUUUUACAAUUUAUUUUUUUUAAUAUAUUUUGAAAAGUUUCUUUGAACGAUGAACACCAUAAAUAUUAUUACAAUCAGCUUUUCAAGUCUGUCUCAAGACUGAAAGUUAAGACACAUUGGUUUGUAUUCAAGUUAAAAAUUCCAGCUAUUUUUUUUGGGGGGGUGGCUUGUGAAGAGUUUAUUUUUAAAGUCGCUUCUUCUAAAAUUUUAUUUCUUCAAUUUCAAAGAUUUGUCCUCUGAUUCAUUAACAAACAUCAAUUUGAUGCAGACAUUCAAAACCCACACCUUAAAUAACCUUCAUUUUAUUUAGUCUUUGUCAUUGUUUACUUCCAUUAACAUUUCUCUUUUUCUCUCUCUUUCCUCUUCGCAGCACCCACUUCCCCUCAAUAGCAACCCCCCCACCAUGAUGGCAAAUAUUGUUAUAGUCCCCAAGGCAGGGAACUUCUAUUCAGACUGUAAAAGGAAAUGUUGAAAUCCUUAGCUGUCCUGUCAACAGUAGUGGAAUGAAAAGUCGUUGGAUUGUUUUGGCAGUGGUUCUGAAGCAGGCAUAAUUGGCAAAUUAUUAUAACACUGUUGCCCGAAAAUCCCUGUUUGCCUCAAGAUAGUGGCAUUUGUUGGCAGAAGCAUCUGAAAUGUCCAGCACAUUCUUUUGAGUUACCAUUUAAGGAUCAGACUGACAAUAGACUUCUUUCUGCACAUUUGUCCCCCUUGUAACCUAGGACAGACUGUUCCCAAGUGACUUUCUAAAGAGCACAGUGCAGGCCCAUCAAUGCAAAAGAUGAGAGGAGGGAGAUGUCUCUUAGCCCUGAGGUCUAGCCUCUAACAAAUAGGAUAAGCAUUUAAUAACACUGAAACUGUUUGCUAUGGAAAAGAAUGAACUCAGGGAUGAUGACAUGAGAAUGCUUUGCACAUUUCACAAAGACUGUCUAGUGUGAUAUCCCAUAAACUGAUAUGUGGGACCUAAAAUGCGGGCUAUGACCAGAGAAUGAAAGGAUUCAGGAAUCUAGAAAGAGCGUUAAGGUAAAAAAGAACUUCUUACAGGUAGGGAUGUCGAAGAUGGAAUCGUUGCCCCUUGGAAGAGGGAGCCUGCCAUCACUUGAUGUAGGGCCUAGAUGAAGUGGAUAUUGUGAACAGGAUUGACAAAUGGGUGAUUGAUAUUACACUUUAAAGCUAGAGACCUCACUAUGAUCCUCCAACUAAUUGUUACUAAUGAUUAGGCAAUUAAAUCAUUUUUUCUUUGAAAAGAAUUGAAUCAGUCAAAUGAGAUCCUAGAAAAUUAUCUCAACUUUCCUAAGAUUUAAUUUCUUCAUCUGUAAAAUGGAGACAGUGAUAACUUUUCUGCCCACUUCAUAAAGAUCUUGUAAGAACUGAAUGAAAUGAGGUUAAAUUAUUGUAUUAAAACAAACAAACAAACAAACCAA